AUGUUGAGCCAUCCUCUAGAAUUUGCUUUACGUAGUGCUUCUAAGAUAGUCAUUGCUUCUCCUUCCAAUGUUGUAUGGCAAGCUUCUGGUUUAUGGUCUGAAAUUGAUGCGGCUGUUGGUAACACCAACACCACAAGUGAUGCUAUUUUUCAGUUGUUGCAACAGUUAGAUGAACAAAGAGCUGCCUGUUUUGUUGUAACGAUUUGGAGUAUAUGGAAACACCGAAAUCUGAAACUGUGGCAGCAGGUUAUAGAAAAUAGUGCACAAAUAAUAGAUCGCGCAACAAAGUUGUUAGAAGACUGGACUGCUGCAAACACAAUUCGCCGAGCGACAAACAUGCGAACUGUUGGGGCUGACAACAUCAGUUCUUCGGAAUCGCAGAACAGUCGCGUAAUUUCUACUGUCAUGAGGUGGGAAAGGCCGCUUGUGGGAAGGUACAAAUGCAAUAUUGAUGCGUCAUUCUCGUCAGCACGUAACCGCGUAGGUAUUAGCAUGUGUAUAAGAGAUUGCGAAGAAUGUUUUGUCCUUGCCAAAACUAUGUGGAUCUCACAUUUGUGCAACGUGGAUGUAGCGGGAGCUUUAGGACUCUUUUAUGCUAUUAAUUGGGUGCAUGACUUACAAUGGGAAAGAGUUGAUUUUGCUCUCGAUUCAAAGAAAGUGGUAGAUUAUUUUCACAAAGGAGGAAAUGAUAUUAGUGAGUUUGGUGAUGUUAUGAUGGAAUGUAAGAAUAUGUUUAGUUUGUUUUUUGAAAACUCUCGUGUUGAGUUUAAUAGGAGACAAGCCAAUGAGGUCGGAGGAGUAUUACUCAGUUGA